CAUUUCUCCUGCCCCUCUCUUCUCUCCUCUCUCCCCCCCCGCUCUCUCUCUCUCUUCAGCUGUCUGCUGUCGUUGUAGGAGCCCGAAGCGUCAGCGACAUGAUAGCUCAGAGAGCAAGAGAGAGGAGUAGGGUGGCGGAGCAGGGAAGGGAGUAACUACCUCGAUCCUCUCUUCUCGCACCUUCCUCGUUCUCUUCUCUUCCCUCUCUAUUUGCCUCUUUCUCGUCCUAUGUCGAAACAGAGUAUAAAAAGAAGGAUCGAUAGGAACCAAGAACAAUUGCUUUAUUUCGUUCCUUUUCCUUUCGUUUCUUUGGACCAAAACCACUUGCUUCGCCGGAUCUGAUCCCAGAAUUCGCAUCCCGCUGCCAGCAUUCCAUCUGGUCACUGCGCUCACAGAAUCAGUGAAUUCUGCUAAUUGGCUUCUGCAAAGAAUGACUCAACAGCAUAGCUUAUAGGAUAUUUGAUUGAUGAUGGAUCGGCGAAGUUGGCCUUGGAAGAAAAAAUCAUCUGAUAAGACAGUGAUUACAACUGACUCAUCCACUUCCACUUUGUCUAAUUCUGGUGGAAAUCAAGCAGACCAGGAUGUUAACAGCACUGUCAAAUAUGUACAAAUUUCUGCAGAGUCAUAUGCCCACCUGACUGAAUUGGAAGACCAAGUGAAGAUCUUGCAAGAAAAAUUAUCUACAGCACAAACUGAGAUGACAACCAAGGAUAAUCUAGUCAAGCAACAUGCUAAGGUUGCUGAAGAAGCAGUCUCAGGUUGGGAAAAAGCUGAAGCUGAAUCAUCUGCACUGAAACAUCAACUUGAAUCUGUCACACUGUUAAAGCUUACAGCUGAAGAACGGGCAUCUCAUCUUGAUGGUGCCCUGAAGGAGUGCAUGAAGCAGAUAAGAAAUGUGAAAGAAGAAAGUGAGCAAAAAUUACACGAUGUAGUCUUCGCCAAAACUAAGCAAUGGGAAAAGCUCAAAGCAGAGCUAGAGGCAAAACUAGAUUAUUUUGAGCAGGAACUGCUUAGAGCUUCUGCUGAAAAUUCAGCUCUUUCAAGAUCUCUUCAAGAACGUUCAGAUAUUCUGAUGAAAAUUACUGAUGAGAAGAUGCAAGCUGAUUGUGAGAUCGAAGUGCUAAAUAACAAUAUUCUGUCAUGUGAAAAAGAAAUUAAUUCAAUGCAAUAUGAGCUACAUGUUAUUUCUAAGGAGCUUGAAAUUCGGAGUGAAGAGAAAAAUAUGAGCAUAAAAUCUGCUGAUGCAGCGAACAGACAGCAUUUGGAGGAUGUAAAGAAAAUGUCAAAACUAGAAGCUGAAUGCCAAAGAUUGCGUGGUCUUGUUAGGAAAAAGCUGCCUGGGCCUGCUGCAUUAGCACAAAUGAAACUAGAAGUUGAAAAUUUAGGCCGUGAUCAUGGGGAGACUAGAUUACGACGAUCACCUGCCAAGAAUCCUAGCCCUCCUUACAUUUCAACACCUGCUGCUGAUUUUGCCUCUGAAAGCAUCCACACUAUGCACAAGGAGAAUGAGUUUCUUACAGCACGUUUAUUAACAAUUGAGGAAGAAACAAAGAUGUUAAAAGAGGCUUUGUCAAAACGUAACAGUGAGUUACAGGCUUCGAGAAACAUGUAUGCUAAAACUGCAAGCAAGCUUCGAAGUGUUGAAGCACAGAUGCUGACCCUGAACCAACAGAAGAUAUCAUCAAAUCCAACUUUUGACAUCUCAUCUGAUACCAAUUUAAGCCAAAACGAAAGCAACCCACCAAGCUUGACAUCCAUGUCUGAAGAUGGAAUUGACGAGGCAGAGAGUUAUUCUGAAUCAUGGUCUGCAGCAUUAAUGUUGGAACUCUCGCAAUUCAGAAAAGAAAAGGACACCGUGAAGCACAAGAAUACAGUCAAUUCAAAAAAUUUGGAACUUAUGGAUGAUUUUCUGGAGAUGGAGAGGUUAGCUUGUAUGUCAACAGAGUCCAAUGGAACAAUUACCAUUCCUGGAGGUGUGCUUGAUAAGAUGAAAACUGAAAAUGCUGGUGGCAUGUUACUAGCUGAUAUUCUGGAUAGUACUAGUAAAGGACAGCAGUUUACAUCAGAGAAGGCAGAAACUCUGCCUUGUGCCAAUAAAAAACAUUCUGAAGGAGAACUUGCGAUGAGUAAACUCAGUUCUCUGUUGAGAAAACUUCAGACAAGAAUAGUUUCUACUUUUAAGUUGCUGGAUCAGGAAGUUGAUAUUGGUAGAGUUUUGGAGGAUAUAAGACGCAUCCUGCAGGAAACACAAGAAGAGUUGCCUCAGAAUUCUGUAAGCUGCAUCAUUAAAGAAAAUUAUUCUAUAGAUGCUCCUUGUCAACAAAAAGCUUGUGAUGAUGACACGGACAAAGCUACUAAUAUUGGCUUUUCUUUUAAGCACGACAAAGUUUCAUAUGCUGAUGAUAAGCAUGAAUUAGGUCUACAGUUGAGGAAUGCGAUAUCUGAGGUUCAAGAUUUUGUUAUUUCUAUAGGUAAGGAAUCCUUAGGACCACAAGAUAGGCAAUCUGAUGUUCAAGGACUAAAUGAGAAAAUCCAGCAGUUCUCUUCUUAUGUUGAAGAUAUACUGUAUAAUGGGAAAAGCUUGAAUGAUUUUAUACCUAUUUUAUCCCAUAUAUUGUCUGAAGCCGGUAAGAUGGGCUUUAAGAUGACCUUUAAUAUUGGCAAAGAAUGGGAUAACAAUAUCUCAGAUUGCAUAGACAAGGUAACAUUACUUGAAAACAGAGUGGCUCAUCAGGAUCCAAGAAAUGAGACAUUUUCUGGAAGGUCUAUGGCUUUAUCUCAGUCUUCCUCUCAUCCAGAUAUUGAAGGGCCUACCAGCGACAGCUUUGAACAAAGGAACACAAUGCAUAAAUUAUCUGUGAAGGAUUUUGAAGAGAUGAGGUUGGAGAAAGAAAACAUGCAAUUAGAAUUGUCUACUUGCAGCAAAUUGUUGGAAGAGACAAAACUUCAGCUAGUUGAAACUGAACAAAAUUUGGCAGAUCUUAGAUCCCAGUUGGCUGCUAGCCAAAAAUCAAACAGCUUGUCUGAAACACAAUUGAAGUGUAUGGCUGAGUCCUAUAAGUUACUGGAAUCACGAGCACAGCAAUUAGAUGCUGAAAUAAACCUGCUGCGUACAGAAGUACAAACAUUGAAAAAUGAGCUUCUGGAAGAAAGGCAAAUUCAUCAGGAUGAUUUGACCAAAUUAAGAGAUCUUCAAGAGCAGUUUGAGAGGAAUGAAAAGUCCAAAAUGUGCUCAGACGCUGACAUUGAUACCGAGGCAAAACAGGAGAAAGAGAUAGCAGCAGCUGCAGAGAAGCUUGCAGAGUGUCAGGAGACCAUACUUCUGCUUGGCAGGCAAUUGCAAGCCUUUCGUCCAUCAGCAGAACAAUCAGAUACCUUUCCAAAUAGUAGACAUCUCAUGAACUUCAGCUAUUUGGAAGAUGUGCUAGACGCUAGUGAUUUUAGCGCCCAAAACAUGUAUAAGGCAAGGCAUUCAGUGUCUGAAACAGAAAGUGCAGCUGCUUUUAUCACACCAAGAGCUGGUGGCGAAUCCCCCUUGGAUGGAUACAACUCUCAGAUUAGCCCAUCUGAUGCCGAAGCAAGUUCUUUUCCCAAAUCACCUAUCAACUCAAAGCACCAGAAGCAUAGGCCUUCCCGGUCAUCCUCUUCUACUUUUCCUAAUGCUUUGACUGAGAAGCAUGGACGUGGUUUCAGCAGGUUUUUCUCAAAAGGGAGAAAUUGAUCAUUAGUUAAAGUUUUUAAGAUAACUUUUCUCUUGAAGGAUAUCCUGAAAUUUAGCGCGAUGGAAAAAUGAGUGCAUAGUUAUCUUCAGACUUCAGAGCCGAGCAGUUGCAGUUUUGAGCCUUAAGUGGGUUGUGCUUGUUUGCGAUGGUAAUUACUAAUUUCUUGCAAUCAAUGCAUGCGCCUUGAAGCUUUUUUUUGCCUUGCAACUUGUUUAGCAAUAUCCAUCUUCUCGAUGAAGAUCAACAGUUAUCAUGGCAGUUGUGGGUUUUCCAUACACAAAUUUCUGUACAUUGUCAUCGCAAAGUCAACGAAUUCCUUUCAAGCAACAUAAGCAUUGUAACACAGCUGUGAUUUUUGAACCUGUUUGAUGUACAGUGGACUGGCAUAAAAUCUGGUUCCUUCAAAUGAAAGUUUGGUUUAUGAAGUCAAUCAGUGUCUUAAAUCUAGAGGCCCUUUAGAUUUAUCAAAGUUUCACUUGUGGAUUGUGAAAGUUUUUGACCCUCUCUUCCCCGUCAUUCUUGAUGUGUGCUUCGAUUUGUCAAAACGAAUUUGGAAAUAUUUGGACCCUUUAAUACUGUAAGCUUUAUUUUUA